GCUCUGGCUGAAGGUGGUUCCCCUCGGAUGAGGAUGGGAGAGCCUGGCGAGCUGAAACCCGAGCUACCGCUCAGCUGGGGCUUGGGGAGGUCCGUGUAAGAGCCGCCUGCCCGCCGGCCUCCUUUGGUCUCUCCCCAGCCUCACUCGGGGCACCGCUGCCACCGGAGCGAUGGAGCUGGGCUGGUGGACGCAGCUGGGGCUCACUUUCCUGCAGCUCCUUCUCAUCUCGUCCUUGCCCAGAGAGUACACAGUCAUUAAUGAAGCCUGCCCUGGAGCCGAGUGGAAUAUCAUGUGUCGGGAGUGUUGUGAAUACGAUCAGAUCGAAUGCGUCUGCCCUGGAAAGAAGGAAGUGGUGGGGUACACCAUCCCUUGCUGCAGGAACGAGGAGAAUGAGUGUGACUCAUGCCUGAUUCACCCGGGUUGUACCAUCUUUGAAAACUGCAAGAGUUGCCGAAACGGCUCAUGGGGGGGUACCCUGGAUGACUUCUACGUGAAGGGGAUCUACUGUGCAGAGUGCCGCGCCGGCUGGUAUGGAGGAGACUGCAUGCGUUGUGGCCAGGUCCUACGAGUCCCGAAGGGUCAGAUUUUGUUGGAGAGCUACCCGCUAAAUGCUCACUGCGAAUGGACCAUUCACGCCAACCCUGGGUUUAUCAUCCAGCUAAGGUUUGUCAUGUUGAGCCUGGAGUUUGACUACAUGUGCCAGUACGACUAUGUGGAGGUCCGCGACGGGGACAGCAGCGACAGCCAGAUCAUCAGGCGUUUCUGUGGCAACGAGCGGCCAGCUCCCAUCCGAAGCACGGGCUCCUCCCUCCACGUCCUCUUCCACUCAGAUGGCUCCAAGAACUUCGACGGCUUCCAUGCCAUUUUUGAGGAGAUCACAGCGUGUUCCUCGUCCCCUUGUUUCCAUGACGGCACCUGCCUCCUUGACAGCACCGGAUCUUACAAGUGUGCCUGCCUGGCAGGCUACACCGGGCAGCACUGUGAAAACCGCCUUGAAGAAAGAAACUGCUCAGACCCUGGGGGGCCAGUCAAUGGGUACAAGAGGGUGACAGGAGGCCCCGGGCUCCUGGAAGGGCGCUAUGCAAAAAUUGGCACCGUCAUGUCCUUCUUUUGUAACAACUCGUACGUUCUUAGUGGCAAUGAGAUGAGGACUUGCCAGCGGGAUGGAGAGUGGUCGGGGAAACAGCCCAUCUGCAUAAAAGCCUGUCGAGAACCAAAGAUCUCAGACCUGGUGAGACGGAGAGUUCUUCCAAUGCAGGUUCAGUCAAGGGAGACACCAUUACACCAGCUGUAUUCAUCAGCCUUCAGCAAGCAGAAACUGCAGGACGCCCCGACCAAGAAGCCAGCUUUUCCCUUUGGAGACCUGCCCCCCGGGUACCAACAUCUGCACACUCAGCUCCAGUACGAGUGCAUCUCGCCCUUCUACCGCCGCCUGGGCAGCAGCCGGAGAACGUGUCUGAGGACUGGGAAGUGGAGCGGGCGUGCCCCAUCCUGCGUCCCUAUCUGCGGGAAAACUGAGAACGUCACCACUCCGAAGACCCAGGGGACGCGCUGGCCGUGGCAGGCGGCCAUCUACAGGAGGGCCAGCAGGGUGCACGGUGGCAGCCUGCACAAGGAUGCGAGGUUCCUGGUCUGCAGCGGCGCCCUGGUGAAUGAACGCACCGUGGUGGUGGCUGCCCAUUGCGUGACCGAACUGGGGAGGGUCUCCGUGAUCAAGACAGCAGACCUCAAAGUUGUCCUGGGAAAAUUCUACCGAGAUGAUGACCGGGAUGAGAAGAGCAUCCAGAGCUUGCGGAUUUCUGCAAUCAUCCUGCAUCCCAACUACGACCCCAUCCUGCUGGAUGCUGACAUCGCCAUCCUGAAGCUCCUGGACAAGGCUCGCAUCAGCACCCACGUGCAGCCCAUCUGCCUGGCGGCCCCUCGGGACCUCAGCACCUCCUUCCAGGAGUCCCGCAUCACCGUGGCUGGCUGGAACGUCCUGGCAGACGUGAGGAGCCCUGGCUUCAAGAACGACACACUGCGCUCAGGGGUGGUCAGGGUGGCGGACUCGCUGCUGUGUGAGGAGCAGCACGAGGACCACGGCAUCCCAGUCAGCGUCACAGACAACAUGUUCUGUGCCAGCCGGGACCCCACCGCCCCUUCUGACAUCUGCACGGCAGAGACGGGGGGCAUCGCAGCUGUGUCCUUCCCGGGUCGGGCGUCCCCUGAGCCCCGCUGGCAUCUGGUGGGGCUGGUCAGCUGGAGCUAUGACAAAACAUGCAGCCACAGCCUCUACACAGCCUUCACCAAAGUGCUGCCUUUCAAAGACUGGAUCGAGAGAAACAUGAAAUGAGCCUCAGGCCCGUGGAGAAGCUUUUCCGAGCAUCCAUCCAUCCAUCCGGAUGUGUGUUGCCCCAGGCAGUGUGGACCUGAAGUGUGAUUCUGCCCAUGAACUGGGCUGUGCCAGGGCUUCUGAUUUCAAGGACAAAACCAGUGGAGGGUGAGGAGAGCUUACUUUCUGGUGGGCCCCUGCCUCCCUGACUGCUGGGACCAUUGGGAAGAUACCAGGGCUACUUGCAAGAACUGUUUCUUCAAAAUAGACUACAUGAAUAGCAAAGGAUUCCUCCCCAUUCAAACAACUCAGUGGCCUUCCCCACCAGCCCUUCAGAGGUGCAAAUGCUGUGGUCAGCUCUGGACGAGAGAGGACUGACUGGCUUCGUCAGGUCUCUUCCAAGGCUCCAGCCAGACCAAGUUCCAAACGGCCACUUGUGGAGCCAGCUGUGGUGCUGGUGUCUGUGCACACCACCACGGCACGGCGUGGUCCUUUGCCCUCCCAGUCCCCUGUACACACUUUAAUAAAACAAGGGUUGGCUUCUGACCCACAGAACAGA